AUGCUGGGUGUGACAGGGCUGGCCGAGGAUGCAGGAGUGGAGCUGGUCCUUACCUCGAGCAGCUCCCAGGAGGGUGGUGAGGGCACACCGUCCAGGCAGUGCCAUCCUCCCCUGCGGGAACAGCGGCCCCAGCAGCGGGGCCGGCCAUCCCCGGUGCCCGAGGAGCCGCUCAUCCUCUUUGUCCCCAAAGCGGAUUAUGGCGCUGGCUCAGCGGGACACGAGUGUGCCAGCGGGGCCACACCCCCGCCAGCCCGGGGGCCUCAGGUGUGCAGGGGGGUCACACCCCUCACAGGCGCCCCCCGAGGUCCCCGUGUCCCCAUGGCGGCCGCGUCCUGCCCGGCGCUCCUGGCCGCCUGCCUGGCGCUGCACCUGGCCACAGCCCGGGGCGACGGCUGCAGCGGCUUCGGGAACCUGUUCACGGAGAUCGCGGAGAACAGCGCGCACGGCAGCCUGGUGGCGCGGCUGCCGCCGCCGGGGGACGCGGGGGGCGCGGGGGGCGGCCCCGGCCUCCAGCUCUGCCUGGUGGGCGCCGACGCCGCCUGGUUCUACCUGGACGGGCGCAGCGUGCGCCUCAACGUGUCGGCAGGGCGGGCGCUGGACCGCGAGGAGCUGGAGUCCCCGGUGCUGAUGGUGGCCCUGACAUGUGCUGAGGACGGCUCCUCCCCGGUCGAGUUCCGGAUCAUCGUCCAGGUCCUCAACGAGAACGACAACCGGCCCCACUUCCAGGGGGCCACUGUGCUCACCCACAACGUCAGCGAGCUGGCUCCGGUGCACUCGGUGGUGUUCAGCGCCCAGGCCGAGGACGCGGACGGGGACACGCUCAUGUACGUCAUCGAGCCGGCCUCGCCCGACGCCCGCUUCUUCCGCAUCGACCUCCCGAACAGCGGCCGCGUGGUGCUGGCCAGGGCCCUCGACUUCGAGAGCCGGCGGCACCUCGAGGUGGUCGUGACCGCCGUGGAGAUGAACACCCGGGAGCGGUUCAACGCCUCGGCGCGGGUGCGGGUCAAUGUGCUGGACGGGGAUGACCAGUACCCCCAGUUCCUGCCCUGCACCCCCCGCGCCCCCCACGGCCCCCCGGUCUGCACCAGCCCCGUGUACACGGCCAACGUCACCGAGGGACAGCUGCAGGGCGGACCCCUGAGCUUCAGCCCCGGCGCCGUCUAUGCCGAGGACGGGGACAGGGGGCUGCGGGCGGCCAUCACCUACUCCCUGCUGGCAGGCCAGGAGAGCAGCAGGUUCCACAUCGACAACGUCACCGGGGCCAUCACGCUGCUGCGGGCCGUGGAGAGCAGCCGGCAGACCCCCGAGAUCUGCCUCAGCGUCAUGGCGUCGCAGGUGAACGACCCCUCCAAGUACGCGGUGGCGCGGGCCCUGGUGCGGGUGCUGGCCCCGAACCGGCACCCGCCGCGCUUCCCCCGCGCCCGGUACCGCGCGUUCGUGCCCGCGGCCCCGCGCCGCGCCGCGCUGCUGCUCACCUUCGGCGGGCAGGUGCUCGCCCUGAGCGCGCACGACCCCGACUUCCCCGAGGUGAGCGGCACCGGGGGCCGGCAGGUGCGGCUGCAGGCGGGGGGUGAGCAGGGGAUGCAGGGGGUGAAUCCCCAGGUGCGCUACACCCUGAGCCACAGCACCAACCAGAGCCAGCAGCUGUUCCAGGUGAUGCCCAACGGGCUCCUGGUGGCCCAGGCGGAUCAGCUGCAGCCCGGGCAGAGCUACAGCCUGCAGGUGCUGGCGCGGGACGAGGAAUCGGGCGAGACCACAAACACGACGGUGGAGCUGGAGGUGCUGUGGCCGGGGCAGGCAGGGACCCUUUAUGGGGACCCCCUGCCCCGUGGCAGUGGGCACCCCCCAGAGACCCCCUGCCCCCGGUGA